UAAUGUUAUUUUUUCCUACCGUAUGCUAAAAUUCAAAUACUAAUUAUUUAAUAUUUAUUCUAUUCUUGCUCCCUAUUAUUAAUCGAGUUAAUCAUUAUUUAAAAUUGGUUAGAAUACAUAAAAGAACCCAUAUAACGACAAAAUUGCACAAAGUUUACAUAAAUCAAGUAUUAAUUACAUACUAUAAGUUACAAUUUUUCAUUGUUUGAAUAAAAAUAAAAAAGUGACUAUCUAAGAUAUGGCAGGCCCAAUAGAAAGGAUUCAAGUUCUUGAUGACAUAGAAAAAGACAUCAUUACAUGUUUGCAAUGUGCAGCUCAAGCAUUAUUGGAGUUAGGUAAAGAAAGAUCAAGUCAGAAACAAGCUGAGAGUAAUACUUCUCAAUUUCUCAGGACUUUAAGUCAGGUUGAGUCUAAACUAAGUGAUCAAAUCAAUUAUUUGACACAAGUGUCCACUGGCCAACCACAUGAAGGUUCAGGUUAUGCUUCACAAAAAGUAUUACAGAUGGCUUGGCAUCGUUUAGAACAUGUACGCUCUUGGGUAAAUGAACUAGAAAGACACAAAGCAUCUCACUUAGCUGCAGGAAAUAGAACAACAGUAGGUGUCAUAAAUGGUAAUAUGACAUCAUCUGGAACAAGCACUCAAUAAGUAACAGUAACAUGAAGGUUUUGAAAUAUGAUGAUAAUUAUGUGAAUGUGUAAGUGAAAGGUAGUAAGAGUAAAUUUCUUUUAUUAAUCAUUGUCCUAAUAAAGCAUUUAAAAUUUU